AGUCAAUGCUAUGCAAUGCAACUGCUUAGCUUAGUGCUCGCUUUUAGCCUUGUUGCGUUCUCGCACGGCUUUGCUGACGAAGCGAUUUUUGAGGAUGAGGACAUUUACAAUCAGGCACUUCCACCAGUGCCGCACUCGGGCAUUACGGCCCCAGGCACUAAGUGGUGCGGACCAGGGAAUACGGCUUCAAGCUACGACGACCUUGGCCGAGAAAAGGAGACAGACAAGUGUUGUCGUGCCCAUGACCAUUGUCCUGAGAUUAUGGAGUCGCAGACGACGCUGCACAACUUGCCCAUAAAUACGGAUUGGUUUCCCAUCUUGAAGUGCACGUGCGAGCAGGAGUUCAUCAAUUGCUUGCAACAAGUGAAUACCGUUACGUCCAAUACACUGGGCAGGAUCUACUAUGGCACACGGAAAAAAUGCUUCGCAGAGGGCUAUCCGACCACGGGCUGUAAGCAGUACCAGGCGGGCACUUUUCGUAAGCGCUGCAUCCGCUAUAACGUGAACAAACGAAGCGCCAAGGUCUGGCAGUUCUAUGACAUGCCCUUCUAUACGAUUCCAGCAAGCAGCUGACCCUGCGAACUGUAGCUUGAACUUGAUGGCGCAUUCCCCGAUUUGUUUUUGAAAUACAAGUAUAGUAUAUAUGUAUGUUGUAGAAUUUCCAAUAUAUACCACAUGUAAAAAACA